CCAAAGCUACACAGAGAAACUCUGUCUCAAAAAAACAAAACAAAAAGAAAAAGUAUGAACAGUUUCACAAUGGUGGGGAAAACUGAGUUGCCCAGAUCAAGCAGAGACAAGAUUCUAUGCUCCACCUCUCCACUGAACAAACACACACCCAUAAUUCUUCACUAUUCCCGGUCAAGAAAGAAGUUUUGUUGGAUACAGCACCAGAGAUCAGAGAACUGGACUACCUGAGGCCUCAGCAGAGUCCGGGGAGUGACUCCCUGAAGGGCUGGGACCUCCCUGUUGAUACCUCAGGACCCUCAGUAACAAUGGGUCCUGGUGAGUUCAAGAUGGAAACCUACUGAGGACUCACAUCCCCUUGCCCAGCACUCCCUUCCUGUGGGAGGAAGCUGACCACCCACUCCCAUCGCCUCUGUAACUAGCCUUCCAGAGCAUUAACAGGCUGAGCUCUCAGGCUUGGGAUGUUGAUGGGAUGUCCACAGCCAACAUGAGAAUUUAUCUACAAAAAGUCUAGUAUGAUCCAGAUGAUCUUUAAUAAGUGUUGUGUGUCUUAGUGGGGAAAGGCACUGGCCCUCGAGCUGACUGCCUGUGAUCCAUCUCAGGACCCUCAUGGUGACAGGAGAGAAACAACCCAAAAGUUGUCUUCUGACCUCCACAUUCUUAGGGUGCCACCUCCCUCCAUAAUGGAGUAAAUAAAUGCAAUCCAUUUUUGAGAGGGACUCUCAAGUUUUAAAUGUUGUAUGUGGACAUCCUUGCAUCAGAUUCUGUCAGAGGAAAGGAUGUGAAGAUGUCCCAGGAAGAUACAAAUACAGAUGCUGUCACACCCUUCACCCAUGUUCUGGAAAGAAGAGAUUUAGCUGCACACACAGAUCUUCAGAGUCUCUCUAGUUCCAAUGGAGACAAUGUUCCCCCUUGUCAAGGAGGGGCCUCCUGUGUGGACAGGACAGAAGAUGGCCAGCUAGGGCUUGCUACCCUACGACCUGUGGAGCCUGUUGAUCAUCUCGCCGGCCAGGCUAAGUUUGUGUGCAGUGAAUGCAAGAAGAGCUUCCUGUACAGGUCUCAGUUCAUCAUCCACCAGAGGUCACACACAGGAGAGAGACCCUUUGAGUGCAGCGUGUGCAAAAAGAGGUUUGUGCAAUCCUCAGACCUUCGGGUCCACAAGCGCAUCCACAGGGGUGAAAAGCCUUACGCGUGCAGCAUCUGCAGCAAGAGGUUUGCCCACAAGUCCACUCUGCGGGGUCACCUUAGGGUCCACACAAAGGAGAAGCCUUAUGAGUGUGAGCACUGUGGGACAUGCUUCAACCACAAAGGCAACCUCAGUGUCCAUCUGGGAACCCACAGCGACUCAAGACCUCACAGAUGUAAGGAGUGUGACAAGGCCUUCAGACAGCAUGGGACUCUGAAAUGACACUUGAAAAUCCAUCCAAGAAUGACAUCCUUGUGAGUCUGUAUCCAGAUUGAAGUCUUUUCCUAGAGAGACUGUUGCUAGGUUACCCUUGUUACAUGGCAACACCCUGGGAGCACUUAAAGUGAUGUCUCAUCCCUUGAAGAUCUGAGGACAGUUCUAUUUCACUAUGCCCCAGUGGUGUGUGUGUGUGUGUGUGUGUGUGUGUGUGUGUGUGUGUGUGUGUGUGUGACAGGA